GCCGUCAAUAAACAGCGCUCUUGCCUUAACUCCACGGGCCGAGACUCUCAGGUUUCCCCUUGAUGACAUUUGUUCGUCUGCCUGCCGGUUGUUCUUCUUUUCUUGCGUAUAUUUGGGUUGAGCGGCGUACGCGUGAGACUGGCAGCUGGUUUCCGUAAAGGGUUAGACUGGUGAUGCUCGUCCCCCAAGAUCAACCUUCUCAGCUUCCAACUUCCGGUGCAUCCGAUUAGCCCGAUUACUGCGAAGAUGUGACUUCAAUCUCAGGGGCCAUUUAUUGUCUGGCUCCUGGCCUUUUUGACUUCUUGGAGAGUGAUCUACUUUGGUUGAACUUUCGACUUGGGUUUCGACAGAGGUCGUCUUUCUGCUGUCCCAUCAUGGCCAGCUCGGCCCCUGCUGGUUCCUCUUCGCGGGGCCCCGCAACCGACAAUGCUCCUCCGGCACAAACACCAGCAAAAAAGGGCGUUUGGAAAGCGAAAAUGCGUACUUACUGGGCGAAAAUUGGGCUGGACUGGCUCACCUUUCAAAUGAUGAUCAAGGGUGCUUUACCACCGACAAUUUCCCUGGCAAUAUAUCAGUCUUCAUCGGUGCCGCCUAUUUAUACGACAGUCGGAUACUUGAUUUCCAUUGCCUCCAUGAUUGGUAUGGCCCUCUUGCCUCGAGCAAAAUUUAUCCAGGCUAUGAUCAUGGCCGUUCUCUGCAUCUGUGUGGCUUGCUCGGCAAAUCUUUUGGGAGCAUACUGUGCAGUGAAAGCACGACAACAUACGGAACCCCAAGUGGGCUACAAUGCUUCAGCGUCCGCUGUGGCUACUCUAUGGCUCUUUUUCCUGCUUUUCCUGAUCAAUGCUCUAAAGGCACGCUUUGACCAGCUCCGCUUUGCGUCCAUGGCGUUUUCUCUCUACACGUCUGUGUCUAUGACAUACGCGACACAAUUCGAAAAUAUGGCUGCCGCUAGAACUUAUAACCGGAAGUUGUUGGAGGGUUUUAUGACCGGUUUUGCCAUUGCGACUGGAGUGUCUCUUUUCGUCUUUCCAAUCUCUGUCAGAACGAUAUGGCUGAAGCAGGCUACUGGAUUUUUGGGUCUUUCUCGCGGAUUGCUCAAAGCCGAAGGCAAGUACAUUCACAGCCUCGGAUCCAAAGAUAUGUACGGCAAAGGUGCUCCGCGUGACGAGUCGCCGGAAUCGGAUGCCGAACAUAAACACAUUGAGCACGAGAGCGAAGUUGACCCCAAACAACGCCCCGAGGCGCAGGCGCUUAGAGGUUUGGUGACUGGGUUGGCUGGUCUCUUUGGUAAAAUGAGUGCCGAUCUUGAAUUUGCCAAGCGCGAGGCUGCGUUUGGCAAGCUCGAUGCCAAGGAUUUCCAGGACAUUCUCCAGCACCUCCGUGCCAUCUUGAUACCUUCCAUUGGCUUUACUUCAGUUAUUGAUAUUUUUGACAAGGUCGCGGAGGGAAGAGGCUGGAAAUCGACAUCGGUUCAGGACCCUAGCGGAGGGUUUUCUGCCCAGAUAGAAGGACAUUUGGACACGAAGAAUAAUUCUCGGAACGAAUGGCACCAAUUUAUGAAGUCGUUUCGUGAGCCUUUCCAGACCAUGACCCAAGCCAUGGACGGCGGUCUAGAGCAUGCAAUGAUCACUUUGGAGCUGCUGCCAAAGCCCAAAAAGGCCCAUGGCAAUGGCCAAGCGAACGAGGACGUCGAGGCCAAAGGAGGAGUACUUGAACCCGGAGAUAGAAAUUACUACGGCUUCCUACAGAGACAAGCAGAUGAGUACUUUAUUGAAAGGGAACGGCGACUGAAGAAAUGGUGCGCCGAGAAUCAUGUCCAAGUGUCUUCCACGUUUUUCAAGGAUCCUUUUCAAGGACUUCCAAAGACGGCAGACCUGGACGAACUUGCUCGGCAAAGUCGACAUCAACGUCAAUUAUUUGUGAUUCUCUAUAUCGAAUAUCUCAUACAUGCAAAGAACGAGGCAGUCCUUGGCCUUGUGCGCUUUGCCGACGGUAAAGUGGCCGACGGUACAAUGAGCAAACGACGCAUCCUUCUUCCCACAUUAAAGCGGCUGAAAAAAUGGGUGCUCACGGCGCUGAGCAACGAAGAUAACAGUGUCGACCAGCCAGAUAUUGAUCCUCUAGAGGUAGCCGCACAGGAUAUCUAUGUUGGUGAUGCCAUGAAAAGGAGAAAAGAUCCCGAGCAUUUGCCGCCAACCAAUUUCCGCGAAAAGGUUGGCGAGGCCAUCAGAUGGAUUCCGCGCGUACUCCGAUCCCAAGAAGCAGCAUUCGGAUUGCGGACUGCUUGCGCUUGUAUUACUGUUGGGGUCAUUGGCGCUUUGCACCAAUCGCAACAUUUCUAUAUUGAACAGAGAAUCUUUUGGGCCAUGAUCAUGAUCGCCAUUGCAAUGACUCCAACUUCUGGAGCCAGUCUGUUUGGAUUCUUCACCAGAGUUAGCGGAACCCUGGUAGCGGCCAUCAUGAGUUACGUUAUCUGGUAUAUCGUCGCUGGGAAGACUGGGGGCAUCAUUACCAUGCUUGGUUUCUUCACCGCCAUUGAAUAUUAUUUCUGGAUCAAGUAUCCUCGCUUUGUCAUGAUAUUGAUUAUUGGAGUCGUUACCCAAAUCCUGAUCGUCGGCUAUGAACUUCAAGUCCGUAAGAUCGGUGAACAGCUUGCGCAGACAAAUCAACAGAAGUACUACCCUGUUUAUCUUCUGUCGCCAUACCGUCUUGCUGUCGUUCUAGGAGGCAUGGGCGUAGCUUUCUUCUGGACGAUCUUCCCCUUCCCAAUGACGGACCGGUCGCAGUUACGAAAAGGACUCGGUGCCUCUUUGUACCUGCUUGCCAACUAUUAUUCAUGCGUCCAUGAAACCGUUCGUCUCCGUCUUGCUGGCGUGGACGGUGACUGCAACAACCGCAAGAGCCCAGCGCACCGACUUUCGAAAGUUAGACAGAAGGUCUUUUCAAAGCAAAUGUUACUGAUAGGCGGCUUGCGCGAGCAUUUCUCCUUUGUCCGGUACGAGCUGAGUGUAGGCGGAAAGUUUCCCAAGGAACGGUACAAUAAUCUGGUCAAUGCUGCGCAGAGCCUGUUGCACUACAUGGCCUUAAUCUCGUACUCGAGUGGAACGUUUUCCCGCGCUCAUCAUUCCCAAGAUCGAGAAUGGAUUCAAGCGUUUGGCCAAAUUAUGCGAGACGUCAACGUUACAUCUCACGAGAUUACGUCCAUGUUAUUUCUUCUCUCUAGCGCUGUUACCAACGGGCAGCCCCUACCUCCGUACCUUCAGCGUCCGACGCCCUACAGGCUUGCAAGUGAAAUCAUGGAAGCAGACCAUAGCAUUCUUGGUGUGGAGCAUAUUGGUCAACCAGGAUACUCUGCUUUCGUCGUCAUGCAAGUCGCGACUAGUCUGAUGAAUAUGAAGUUGGAGGAACUAUUGCGUGAAGUUAGAUUACUCGUUGGAGAAAUCGACUUUUCGUUCAACAUGCACGGCACAUCGUCGAACUCGACGUCGGCAACUACCUCGACGGCUGCUUCCACUGCACCGCCGUCAGCAAUGGGUUCCGCCACGCGUCUAGCAACGCGUACGCGCUCGCGAGAAUCUUCAGACUCGUCGACCGACGGUUCGGUCACUCAGUACGAUCACUACACUGGCAAUCAGCCCGUGGAGCUCGACGCCGAAGGAGAUCGCGAGCGAGUUCGACAGAAUGCUCGAUACCAAGACUGAUUUCUUUGCGUUCUUUUCGUUUCCUCUUACAUACAUUUUUUUUUUCCCCUUGUUAAACUUUCUCGGACCGGAUAAGGUACGGAAUAUUAUGUUGAAAUAUCAUUCUUGGACUGGAAUGAUAUCGAGCCCUGGGUAUAUAUGCAUAUGCAAUACAGGUCUCUUGCGCGUGAUAGGCGCUUGAGAUAGGAGUUUUGUCCCAUUUCUUUUUCUCUUUUGGUUUCCUGGGCGGUUUGGCACAAUGGCUAUGUGGUACAGCAUAAAUGAUACAGGUAAUGCAUCGGGAUAGGGUUAUUUGGUUGGGAUUAUUUCCCCAUUGGUAUUCCAAUCCCGCCCAAGUUCAAAUACUGGGCAAAAAGGGAGAACAAAAAGACUAGAUAAAGCAGUGCAGAUGAAACCAAAUAAUUCGAUGCACAAAGAACAGGAGUC